ACUAACGUAUUCCAUUUCCCAUCCUCUUAUCAUUUUUAUCACUUCGAUUUGUUGAAAGGAGAAAAAUUUCGAGUCAAGACUCAAGAGAUCCGACUAUAAGUUUUGAAAAAAUAUUAAUCCAUUGUGAAUUCUGAUGUUUAUGUAAAAUAAAAGAAGUCAAUCCGAAGCACCGGUUACUGAAUUGUUUUCAUCUUGCAUUGCUUUGCAGUUCAAACUUCGUUUCAACAUUAAAAAUUUGGAAGAAUGGCUGCAACUUCGAUCAAAGAAAUGGAACUGGAUGUUCAGCAAAGUACAGUUUUCAAAACCAUGAACGAAUUCCGAGAACAGAAUCUCUUCUGCGAUGUUACGCUCGACAUCAAUGGCACUUUGUUUCCUUGCCAUCGUCUUAUUUUGAUGGGCUCGUCGCCUUAUUUCAAAGCCAUGUUGAACGGAAAUUUCAAAGAAGCUAGUUCUAAAGUCAUUCCUAUUCAAGAUAUUGACACCGAGAUUAUGGAAAUUAUUCUACACGCAAUCUAUACAGCUCGACUUCGUUUGUUGCCGAAAAAUGCUUACUUUGUUUUGAAAGCCAGUCAUUUGCUCCAAUUCGACGUGAUAUUCGACGCAUGUGUGAACUAUAUUGUGAAAAACGUUGAUCAUAUUCAUUACCUAAUUGAAACCUGUUUAUUCGCUGGAGCUGUUGUACGUCAAAACUUACUAGACGCAUGUAUUCGAGAAAUCGCAUCCGCCUUUUUGCAUUGGGGCAAAACUGACAGUUUUCUACUUCUUCCAUUUGACGUACUGAAGCAUGCAUUAUCAAAAAACCAUUCGAGUUCGAUUUACAGUGAUGAUAUUGUAAUCGAAAUAAUCAGCAAGUGGUGCCAACACAACUCUGCAACUUCAAGAGAGGCUAGAGUUCUGCUGCAAACCCCAAACUUCAGCAGUAAAAUUGUCGGAGCAUCUGCCGUCGCUGAAUUGAUCGUUGCUGCCGAAAGUUCAUUCGUUAGUUCUGAAAAUCACGAUGAUGGUAGAGAAAACUUGAGUCAAUCGAACCAUGAUUUAAAAUUGAAUGUAUAUUUAAAUGCUGUUGAUGUCAAGACUGGAGCCAGAGGAUGGGCAACAUUGAUGCUGAAUGAGUCGUUUGAUAAGUAUGAACUAUCGAAAUUUCAAGCAACAGAUCAAUCAUACAGGGAAAUAUGCUCAAUUGGAACAAAAAUUUACUGCAUGGAAUUUAAUCAUUUUUUAGAAAAAUUAAUGUUUUCUUGUUUUGAAAACGAUAGUACAACAGAAUUGGCAGUGCCAGAGCUUCCUCUGCAUGAUGAUGGCGAAUGUCAGUUUCCUUCCAACUUCAGAAUGACAGCGGUAGAGGAUAUGAUAUACAUGACUUAUGAUGAUAUUGAUUCUCCGAUUUGGGGUUAUAACUGUGAAGUGAACGCGUGGCAGAAUGAUUUAUUUAUACAAAAUGAAUCGAAUGUAGCUCUCGAGGGCUAUUCAAGUUGGUAUGGCCUUGCGUCUCUAGGUCACGUUUUAUAUGUUAUUGGAUGUAAAUAUUAUUCAUCAUCUGGCGAUAGAUGUAUUUUGACAAUCGAUACUCGAUCAGGUGUUAGAGACCUCAUAGCUUUCCCUAACUCACUUCAACAUGAACAUGCUGCUGUUUGCGCAUUCGAUGGAAAAAUCGCUAUAUCAGGCUCCAACCAUGAUGAUAUUUUACAUAAUACUUUUAGUAUUUUCGAUGUGACAGCCAGAGAAUGGAGAACUGAUCUAAAACCCAUGAAUGAAGGCAGAGCAAAUCACGAAUUGUUUCAUUAUGGUGGAUUCCUAUAUGCUGUGGAAAAUAAUCCGUUUAUGAAGAAUGAGAAGUACGAUCUGAAUUUGAAUACAUGGAUUCAAAUCCCAAAUCUGCCAAAACGAGCGCAGUAUGUAAAUGCUGAUGGUGUUAAUGUGACAGUUGCUUUUGAGGAUGUAUUACAUGUAUGCUGAUGUCGUUACCUCUAUUAUGUAUCAAGUAUUGUGAAUUUAUCAAGUUUUUUUUUCCAUUCUACUUUUGUGCGUCUUGACUCUUGAGAUAAUAUUUUGAUAUUUUCGAUGUGUGAGUCAAUAAUGGAAAACCGAUCAAAUAAUAAUGAACGAACGUACGGAGAUAAAUGAAUUGUUUCAUCAUUAAAUUAGUAUUUGACUGAGUUAUAUUAGAGAUUGAAUCAUGUGUCAAAUUGUUAGAAUUUUUUCGUUUUGAUUUCAUUCUUUACCCACAACUCGAUAUGCAAAUUAGAAUUUUUUCGUUUUGAUUUCAUUCUUUAUCUUUACCCACAACUCGAUAUGCAAAUUGCAAUCUUGUGCCUUUUUUCAUUUUUGUCGUUGGCCGUCUACGAUUUUUGUUGAGAUUGGUAUGCAGAUGUUACCAGCUUUAUAAUGUAAUUAUAGACAGUAAUAUUAUAUUUAAGUUCUUUUUUAUGCUGUUAUUGCUGUUCUGUAUUAUUAUGAAAUGUUGAGUACAAAACUGUUUCAAGUUUCAACUAA